AUGAAAUUUUUCAGUGUUACCCUCUUCCCGUCGUCUCUUGACGCAAGCAAAACACCUUUCAUUUUCAUCUCUUCUUUAUCUCUUGCAAUCUCACUUUUUCUCCCUUUCUUUCUCAUUUCCUCUUUUUUUCCCCUCAUUGAUUAUCAGUCUUUCUCUUUUACUGUGUCUUCUCUCUCUGUCUUUCUUCUUUUACUCUUUUUCCCCUCUUUGAUUAUCACUCUCUUUAUCUUUCUCUCCUUUUCUUAUGUCUUCCUUCUCUCUCUCCAUCUUUGCUUGUUUUUCUCAUUAAUUCUCAGUCUAUUUACUUUUCUCUCUUUUUCCUGUCUACUCUCUCACUAUUUUUCUUUCUCAUUUUUUUAUUCACCUUUCUCUCUUUUCCUUAUAUUUUCUCUCUCUCUUUUCCUUAUAUUUUCUCUCUCUCUUUCUUUCUCAUUUUGCCUUUUUUUCAGUUUCUUUUCUUUAACUUCCCUUAAACUUUUCCAGUGUCUUUUUCUCUUUUUCUUUCUCCAUUGCUCUUUUUUCCCCUCUUUGAUUAUCAGUCUCUUUAUCUUUCUCUUCUUUUCCAAUGUCUUUUCUCCUCCUUUUUUUCUCCUUCCCUCUUUCAUUAUCAGUUCCCUUAUCCCCCUCUUCUUAUAUUUAUGUUUCUCUCCAUUUCCUGUCGACUCUCUCUCGUUCUUUCUCCUUUUACUCAUUUUCUCUUUGCCUGUCUGCCUCUUUUUCUUUCUCUCAUUUUCCUAUAAUAUAAAGCUAUACUUUUCACUCAUCUUUCACAUUUUCUCUAUCCUCCCCACUUUCUCUCUCUCUCUCUGUCCUCCCCACUUUCUCUCUCUCUGUCCUCCCCACUUUCUCUCUCUCUCUGUCCUCCCCACUUUCUCUCUAUCCUCCCCACUUUUCUCUAUCCUCCCCACUUUCUCUCUAUCCUCCCCACUUUCUCUCUCUCUAUCCUCCCCACUUUCUCUCUCUCUAUCCUCCCCACUUUCUCUCUCUCUAUCCUCCCCACUUUAUUCUCUUCUUUAUCUCUCACUCACACUUCCUCCCUCUCUUUCUCAUUUGCUCUUCAUUCUCCUUCACUUUUAUCGCAUUUUCUCUCUCUCUCCUCUAUAUCUGUCUUUCUCUUUAACCCCCACUACUCUCUCUUCCUCUACUUCACUCUUGCCCUGUCUUUCUCAGAGUAUCAUUCUCAGUCUCUUCAUCAUCCUCUUCUGUUUCUUUCUCUCACUUCUUUCCCACAUUUUCUCUUUUUUUCUCCCACCCUUUCUCAACUCCUCUCACUCUCACACAAUCACUAACUUUGCUAAUCAAAUCUAUUCUCUUUGGUAA